ACAACAACAACAACCACGACAAUCUCAUACCGUGAAAUGACACAGCGACUCCUUCCAGACGCCACUCACCAGUAAGACGCAGUUUGGCCGAUAACAUGGCAAGAAAACCAUCUCCAAAGAAAUCAAAUAACUCCGAAGACCCAACAUCUGCCUGCUACUACUAAAAAAAAAAAAAAAAUACACAAAAAAAAAAUAAGAAUCACUGUACAACAUGGCAGACCGAAGCAACAUGGUUACUGGGUGGCUUAUGCUGACCAUGGUCUGCUGUUGCCUAGGAACUGACUCUCCAAAUCCCGUGGGAGAAUGGGAAGUGCCAAGCGGGAUCCUGGGGACAGCAAACAGCACUCAAGGACGCCCUUCCAUUUCUUCAGCAGACGAAACCCAAGAUGACACGGAUGAUUGGCAGGAGCGAGUCCUUGAUGACGGCUUAACGAAGAAGUUUGAUGUUGAUGAUGUGGAAAGGAUAUUACGAGAGACUAAAAUGGCAUUUGAGAAUAAGAUGGGAAAAGAAGACAGAUCGGAUGAUGAAAAUGGAUACUCCAUGGUCAGAAGAAAAAGAGAAACGAGCAAAGAAGAGGAUGGAGAAGGAGGAGAGGUAAUUAGUAACGAAGAGGUACCGGAGGAACUGCCAUCGCCUGAGGGUCUCGCCUGGGUCGAUCCAGCCUCACUAGCGAACCAGGGCUAUUCCGUCGAGAACGUUCCCUCGUUGGCUAAUCUCAUGGGCCUGAGGGUGGUCAAGUACAGGAAUCACCAGCCUAUUCCCUCCCGUCUGGGCACCUCAUCUUCAGCUUAUUCUCCGAGCAGAUAUAGGCCUAGACCCGUACAAUAUUCGAAGUUCAAUAGGCCUGUGGGCUCCGAUCCGGGUUAUACGAAAACGGACUUCAGGUCUCUCACUUAUGACAACAACCUUUUCGGAGACUCGUUCCACAAUUCUUUCCACUCCUAUUACAAGGAAGAGAAUGAUACAUUACCCUACAGUAACAGCCACGGCCCACCGCAAGGGAUAAGCAGCUGGCGAAGAAGGUCUCACUCCUCUAACAGUGAAUCCCGAUACCCCUAUAGCAGCCCCACCAACGGGAGGCCGAGUCAACCUGCUUUCCCGUCCGGCGGCUCCGGCGGCGGCCUCCUGGACAUGCUGGAUCCUCUGAAUCUCUUUAAGGGGAGUCAGGGUCCUCUCCCGCCUCGGCACUCGAACCCCGUCCCUCCCUCUGGCUAUGACCCCCGACGUCCCAGGCCCCAGCCUCGUCCUCCCUCGAACUCCCGCUCGGAGACAGGAGACUCGCCGGGCGUGAAAUAUGAGGUAGUUGUUGACAAAGACCAGAGAAAUCGCGGUUACCAAUUCCGCGAGGAGUAUCCUCUGCGGGAUGACUUGUAUAUCGGGAUGGACGGUAACAUUUACAUCAAAGACAACUCCGUUGAAGAUGCAGCUGUGCCGUAUGGUGAUGAUCCGUUUGAAGAGAACAGCAGGCCACAGCACACGUCCGGGCACCAGAGACCACCGUAUCGGCCGCGGUCUCGACCAGGUCGGGUUCGAUCGAAAUUUCCCCGAAAACAGAUUGAAGACGAAGAUGCCUUUGAUGAAAAUGAGUAUCGCGAACUCCUCAAAAACCACAACUUAGACGAUUAUUCUUCACGAGAACCUCCAGCCUCGAUCCAGAAUCUUCACCCUGAAAACAAUUCAAACUAUAAGUCAAAUUCUCAGGAGAACCCACGGGGACAGCAUAAUGGCCGAUAUCCAAGCAACAGCCGUCGACCCUCCAGGCAAAACCGCUACCCAGGCACACGGUACUUCGACUGGUUUACCCCCGUGCGCGGUCGAAUCAACUAUCCAUCGUUCUUCACGGACCCUCGGCAGGUGAGGCUUCCGGGAUUUCGAUACCCUCCUCGACAUCGACGCAUGCCUGUCCCCCCGCGUGCUGGGACUCCUGUCGUCCCCCCGAACGCCCGUCACUCGCGACCCACUCAGCGUCCCGACUUAACCCAACGCCGUCCGUCGUUCCCCAACUCUUCGCCUCCUCGCUCCUCUUUCCCAAAAUCACCUCCUGCUCGCCCUUCCUUCUCGAAUCCCUCUCCUCCUCGCUCGCGCCCUUCCUUCCCCAUUACCUCUCCGCCUCGUCCCAACCCGGCACAAUCGCGACCAAACUUUCCCUUUGACAGGCCCCAGAGCGACCUAAUUAACCCCAACACUCGUCUCCGGGGGUCUUCGUCAGCCGGUGACUCCCGUGGGAAGCCUGGGGGAACAAAGGGCUUCUACCCCGGAAAUGGCUUCUUUGACGCUGAUUUCCCCACUUUAUUCCAUAUGAUGCCGUCCAACCGACACAGAGUUUAUGAACCACUGCCCAGACCUUUAGCACUAAAUACGACAUCAGUGGAGGAAGAGUGA